AUGGACAGUAGCCACGAGUACCCCCAGCGAAUCAAGUCCAAGACCUUGAUUUCGAAAUUCCUCGCCUACCUCCGAACCAACAUCGAUAAAGCCCAACACCUCCUCGAAGUAGAACUGCUCUUCCUCGCCUUAGCAACAGGCAUAAUCGACUCUGUUACCUUCCCCAAGUUCCACUGCUACUUCACCGUCCCCGUUGCGCACCUCGCCACCUCCCUCGGCUUCUUCUGUCUCGGCGUCUUCCUCGCCGGGCAGUCCGCCAAACGGCUCUCCUGCAAGUCAUCACAAUGGUGGCUUCUCCUCACCAACAUCCUCCAAAUUGCAAUGUUCGUAGUCGCAGCACUGCUCAAUCUGGUCUUUCGAACAGAAAAUCAGCCGGCUGAGGCGAGGUUCGUGAAUAGUGCAAGUUUGGUGUGCUCGAUUGGACUGUGGGCUAUGGCGAGUGGGAUGCAGGUUGCUAUGAGUAGGCAGUUGAGUAUGCCGGAGAUUCCGACGACGCAGGCUACGGCUGCGUAUGUGGAUCCGAAUUUAUUUGCUGGGAUCAGGGAGAAUAGGUCAAGGAACAGGAUGGUGAUGUUUCUGGUGACGCUGUGUGUUGGGAGCUUCAUUGGAGCGCCGGCGUAUCAUUAUGCCAGUACUGCGCUGGCGUUAUUUUUGGCUGGGGUGGUGAAAGUGGGUGUGUUGGGGACGUUCUUCUUCAAUAAGAGUAAGAUGGAGAGGGGGAUCAGCAAGAUAGCAGAUGUAUGA